CUUCCACCCAUCUACUCUCUCUCUCUACUUUGAAUACUUGCUCUUGCUGCUGGCGAUCGUUCGUCUCCGAGGGGCUCGCUCGAGAGCGUCCGUCGCUUCGUUCAUCUGCUGCCGCAGUUUCCCUUCGAGCUAAAAAAAGAUGUCUGAACAUUCGGAGAGUGCAACAGAAAAAAUCAUGAGCAACAUCAUGGAUACCAUUGCCGAGAACCUUCCUAAGCAGAAGUCUGGGAAGUUCGAUUUAGGUUCUGCCUCUGACAAAAUGAGGGACAAGCUGUUUGGUCGUCAGAAGACCAUUCAUCGAGCUCUGGGUGGUGGAAAGCCUGCUGAUGUGUUGUUAUGGAGGAACAAGAAGAUAUCUUCCAGUGUUCUGGCACUUGCAACAGCAAUUUGGGUUUUCUUUGAGUGGCUUGACUACCACUUCCUAACAAUUGUUUCUUUUGCCCUUGUUCUUGGAAUGGUUGUCCAGUUUGUGUGGUCCAACUUCUCAAGUGCGCUAAGCGGAUCUCCUUCUAAAGUACCCCGUGUUGAGCUACCAGAAGAGCUGUUUGUGAACACUGCAGUUGCAAUUGGUACACAAGUAAACAAGUUCUUGAGUUUUCUUCAGGAUGUGUCUUGUGAAAGAAACUUGAAGCACUUUGUGCUGGCAAUCGUUGGACUGUGGGCUGCAGCUGCUAUUGGGGGCUGGUGCAAUUUCCUAACUGUCAUUUACAUCGGAUUUGUUUGCGCUCACACACUACCUGUGCUCUAUGAGAAGUACGAAGAUCAAGUUGAUGAUUUCCUUUACAACAUUCUUGGCCUGCUGCGUGACCAGUACCAGAAACUUGAUCAGGGUGUCUUGAGCAAGAUACCGAAGGGGAACAUGAAGUUCAAGAAGAGCGAGUAGAUUAUCUGGGUUCUAUGAUUAGAACAAUCACAGAUUAGCGGGGCUUCAUUAAUGGAAUGAAUCAUGAACUUGUGCCGUGCUAUGCUGUGUAUUGCAGACAUUGGUUGUCAGUUGUCAUUGAGAGCUGCAUGCUUUCCUGAACGGGGGCGCUCAUUAGCUGCCAUCUGAAUUAAUAUUUCAACCUCUUUGUCAUGCA